AUGAAUAAUGAUACAUCAUUCUUAGAACUUUUUCCUGAUGAACUUUUUUUAGAAUUAUUUUCAUUUAUUAAACCAAUUGAUCUCUAUUGUGGUUUUGUUAAUCUCAAUCAACGUAUAAAUAAUAUUUUAAAUGAUACUCAUUUAUGUAUGCAUAUUAUUAAUGAUGUUGAACAUGAAGUUGAUCAAGCAUGUAUGAUUUAUUUUGCUCGUCAAAUUAUUUAUCUUGCUAUUGAUUGUCAUUUCUCAACUUUAUCUUAUGAUAUAAGUCUUCGAUCGUUUGUUAAUUUACGUUCACUUCAUUUACCUCUACCAAGUGUUAAUCAAUGUUUAGAAAUUACACCGAAUAAUUUACCAUAUUUAACUAAUUUAACUAUCAAUGAUAAAAUAUUUAAAUCUAUUCUAUGUAAUUUAGAUCCAUUUCCGUAUCUUUCUACAUGUUGUAUUCCACGUGUUUAUCCAAGGAAUUUUAGUUUAAUGGAACCAUCGCAAUUAUGUUUAACAAUUCGAUCUUUAAAUUUAUGUUCCUGUUCAAUGAAUCAUCUAUUUGAUAUUCUUUCGUAUUUACCAAAUUUAAAUUAUUUAGAAAUUGUUGUAUUACCAAAUAAGGAAAUUAUUCGUCAGCCUGAUAUAAAACAUAAUAAUAUUUCUCAUUUAAAAGUUAAACUUCGAAAACUUGAUCCUGAUCUUGAGAUUUUAUUAAAAUCAAUGCCUAAUAUUUAUCGAUUAGAAUUUCUCUGGCAUCAAGCUCGUCAAGAUUAUCAUGAACGAAAAAGUUUUAAUUUCAAAAGAUUUUCCGAUAUUCUUGAGAAAAAUCCUGGAUCAUUAAAACGUAUUGAUAUUGAUAUUCAUGUAUCAAAAUAUGAUUAUGAUAUUGAUAGUAUUCAUAAUUUAAAUCUACAAUGGUUUUCUUCAUUAAACAAACUAUUAAUUUUCAGUGAUGAUUCAGUUCUUAUAACAACACAAAGAUUAUCAUCAAAUCCUCAAGAAAAAUUGAUUACAGAUUUAUUGCAAUCAUCAUAUAUGACGGAAAGAAAUGCACGGUUUAAACGAAUAAAAAAUUUAUGA